CUAAACUUGGUCUUGUUUUCUGAGAAUCACUUUUGUUGUAUAAUCUGUUUUGACAAGCUUUUCAUAUAAUUCACCAUUUGCUUAUAAUUUUUUUUCUUAACCCUUGUUUGUAGUUGUUCAUCGUCCUAUAAUGUUGUCUCAUGGAGGAGCAGAAGCCAAUAACCUCAACGUCAUUUUCCUUCCCUUUUUAUGCACAAGUCACACCAUCCCAAUGAUUGACAUGGCAAGAAUAUUCGCCAUGCAUGGUGUAAACAUCACCAUAUUCACCACAGCAGGAAACGUCGGAAUUUUCCAAAAAUGCAUCGACCGUGAUAUCAGUCUCGGCCGAUACAUAAAAACACACAUCUUGGAAUUCCCGGCCCAACAAGUCGGUCUUCCAAUCGGAAUAGAAACCAUGAACGCUAAUACUUCUCUUGACACGGCCAAGAAAAUCUACGAGGCGUCCCUACUCCUACAACCACGAAUAGAGAGUUACUUGUUUGACAAGUUAUUCAAAGUUGAUUGCAUAGUUAGUGACAUGUUUUACACUUGGACUGUGGAAGCUGCAGCCAAGUUAGGUGUUCCAAGGAUUGUAUUCUGUCCUGCAAGUAUUUUUUCUCGUUGCGCCGAGCUCUCGUUUGAGCUACACGCAACUCACACCGAAGCUGAUUCUGAAAAUAUCAAGAUCGUAGGGUUGCCCCAUAAAUUGGAGAUAGCUAGAUUGCAACUACCAGAUUGGUUAUUAGAGCCAAGUGAGUUUGGAUCAAUAAUGAAGGGGGUCAAUGAUUCAACUAGAAGAAGCUAUGGUGCAGUGUUCAAUAGCUUUUACGAUAUGGAGAGUGCAUAUGAGGAGCAUUACAAGAAUGUGUUUGGGACAAAGUGUUGGAGUUUAGGACCAGUUUCAUAUUGGGCAAAUCAAGAUCUAUCUGAUAAGGCAGAAAGAGGAGACGAGAAAGUAGAAGAAGGAGAUGUUUUGCUUCAAUGGCUUAACUCUAAGAAAGAGAAUUCUGUUAUCUAUGUGAGUUUUGGUAGCAUUAGCAAGUUUCCAAUAUCUCAACUUAUUGAAAUUGCUCAUGCACUUGAAGCUUCAACCCAUGAUUUCAUUUGGGUGGUACGUAAAAAUAAUGAGGCUGGAGGUAGUAGUGAAGAAGGUGAAGGUUUUAUGGAAGAGUUUGAGAAGAGAGUGAGAGAAAGCAAAAAAGGGUAUUUGAUAUGGGGUUGGGCCCCACAAUUGUUGAUACUUGAAAAUAAAGCUAUUGGGGGCAUAGUGACUCAUUGUGGUUGGAACACAACAAUUGAAAGCAUUAAUGCUGGGUUGCCUAUGGUGACUUGGCCUUUGUUUUCGGAACAAUUUUUUCAUGAGAAACUAGUGGUUGAAGUUUUGAGGAUUGGGGUAUCAAUUGGAGUCAGAAAAUGGAAAAUAUGGAAUGAGUUUGAGGGUGAGGUUGUGAAAAGGGAGGAUAUUGGAAAGGCUAUUGGUUUGGUGAUGGAAAAUGGAAAUGAAGCUAAGGAGAUGAGAUCAAGAGCCAAAGCUUUGAGUGAGGAUUCAAAGAAAGCUAUACUUGUUGGUGGGUCUUCUCAUGCCAAUUUAAUACAAUUCAUUGAGGAGCUUGAGUCACUUAAACUUCAAAGGCUUAAUGGAAGCAUAUGAAGGAAAUGACCACCCUUUUCUUUCUAUUUGAAUAAAUAAUUAUAAUAAUCACAUUUUACAUAAAUAAUGACUAAGAAAAAAAAAAGUGAAAUGUUGUUAAAAAUGUCUUUUAACUAGGUUAAUUGGAUGAAUGAUUUUUCUUCUUCUUUUGAAAUAAGCGAUUUGAAUGCAAAUCCCAUAGUAUAGCGGAAGUAUCAUAAAGCUUUAGAAAGUGUAUUUUGAUUUUCAAUUUGGAGUUAUACUUGUCACUCUCACAUAUUCUAAUAAUGUUAAAAAUAGUUCCUCUCAUUUUUUAUCUUUUUAAAUUUUUGUAAAAUUUUUAAUCUUAAACGAGAAA